AUGCUCAGCAUUGACAGCACCGAGGUGUCGAACCGCAUGGGCGUCGAGCUCGAACUCGUCCAGCGCGAGGUCGACGUUCUCCAGCAGGCCGAAGAGCGUCGUCGUGGCUCAAUCAUGGCAUCCGCCCAUCGGGGCUUCGAGCAAGCCGUGAGUCAAGCCAACGCCGAGACGCUGAACGAGCUCAGCCGCCACUGCCAGUCACUCCAAAACGACAACGAAGAGCUUCGCGCGACGCUCGACCAGUCUCAGAAGGUCGCGGAGCGGAGAGAAGGCGAGAUCGCCAAGCUAGUCGAGGAAAACGAGCGGUUGCGCGGCCGCAUCAAGAAGAACCGGGAGCACGUGAACGGCCUCAUCGAGCACAUGCAGCACAAGAGCCCGCCGCAAUCGACCUUCACCACGCCUCAUCAGACUCCGCGCCGUGGCGGGAAUUUCUGUAGUGGCGAUCCAGGCAGCUCCGGCAACCGCCGCCAACAACCGUUCGAGGCCUUGCUCCUCGCCGACAAGAUGCUGAGCCAAGAGGCCGCAACGGCACCUAGCACGCCCUCCAGGCCGCCAAUGAAGCAGCGCCUCGGUCACGCCCAGGCUCUCCAUCCGUCUCCGUCUGUGCUCUCGACCCCCAGUCGAGUCCGUCCGUUCAACGCUAAUCGCGUGCCACCGCGCACACCGCCCGCUUUCUCCGCCGUGCAGGCUCCCAGCACUGCGCCUCCAGCUCUUCACCCACCCAGGCUCAUCCGCCGCGACAGCAGCGACUCGACCAUCACGGCGUCCAGCGCAGAAGGCGAAGGCGCCGGCGCCCACGUCGACCGCGAAGAGGUCACGGAGUCCCAGGCCACCAGAUCGGCCACCGACCUGCUCCGGAGAUCCAUGAACUCGAGGCCCUCGUCUUUCGAGAAGGCCGCUCAAGCGUCGGCGUCGGCUGGCGCGCUGCAGAGCAAGCUCUUUGGACAUGUGCGCAAGCCGGGCGUUUCGCGGCCGGGCGAGCAUGCCAAGCGUGGGCGUAGCCCUGGUGAGCUGGUCUCGGAGAUGUCGCCGACGAAGAAGGGGAGGUCUGGUGGAGGUAUGGGCGUGGGACUGGGGAUCGGUGGGUUGGGUAGCCCGGAGGCUUGA